AACACUGUAAGUUUUUCCUUCUAUAAACACAGAAGAAGAAAAAGAAAAGGAGGAUCUCCAACGAAAAUCCAAAAUUCCCCGGACUUUUGAUCGGAUCGCCAUGGCAAUUGCUUCGGAUGAAACAACGUGUAUAUGCAAUCACUGUGACAGAGCUAUCCCUUCUUCAAAUAUUGAUUUGCAUUAUGCUUAUUGCUCCCGCAAUCUGGAGAAGUGUAAAGUUUGUGGUGAAAUGGUCCCAAAAAAGCAUGCCGAGGAACAUUUCUUAAACACCCAUGCACCGGUGGCCUGUUCACUAUGCCGUGAGACAAUGGAACGUGAAAUUUUAGCUAUCCAUAAAGGUGAAAAUUGUCCCCAGAGAAUUGUCACUUGUGAGUUCUGUGAGUUUCCAUUGCCUGCUAUUGAUCUGGCUGAGCAUCAGGAAGUCUGUGGAAAUCGGACAGAACUCUGUCAUUUAUGUAACAAAUAUGUUAGACUUCGAGAAAGAUACAACCAUGAAACUAGGUGCCCUGGCAUCCCAGAAAAUACUGCAGGACCUUCCAGGGAUGUCAGGACGACAGAAAGAGAGCAAGGUGCUUCGAGGAGGCAGCCACCUGAAUUUUCACGGAGAAGACUUCUAUACACCAUUGCAAUUACAGGUGUUGCUGUCGUAUUAGGAUCACUCUUUUUUCAGAGGAAGACGGAGGCAGCAGAUGGACAUUAGUAGAAUUAAGGGAGGGACACCGGCUAUCAUAUUUUGUAAAUCAGCUUAAUUACAUAUUCCAUUCCUGUAUCUGAAUGUAUCCGAGUAUAUGGUACCAUUUAUCAACUAACUGACAGCCUGAGCAAAUGCUUGUUUCUUGGUUUAUAAAUUGCACGCUGACUGAUACUCUCUUUACACCACCAUUGUUUAACUCAUCGUUCAAUUCUAUGUGCCGAUUUACCUU